AAUUCUAUAACGUGCCAGCGAAUCCCCACCGAUAACAAUGAGCAUUGAACUGAUGCUCGGCUCCUCAAUUUUUAGACUUAACAUACCUUGCUCAACUACGCAACGGCACAGGUUUAUGUGGGGGCGCGUCUUCACAGCUUGAAAAAGUUGUGCGCUGGUGUUGCACGUAACUGCCCUAUUUAAUUCGCGGUUGCUGAGGUAUCAAACUGGCUCGUGGAGAGGAUAGCGUUAGAUAGCGGGUAAACUCUGUGACCGGUCCAAACUGAGAAUCUGGAGAUAGCGGGCUUCACCUUUCGGGUAAAGGCAAGCAGGUCGGGCGCUCAGGAAUGGGUUGUGUCCAAAGCAAGAAGAAGAGCAAGUCGAGAGUGGAUGACAAGAAGAAGAGUGAGGCCAACAACAGCACUCAGGGUGGAUGUGCCAAGGUCCCAUUGGCUGAGCUCGGCGGAGGGGUGGAGCAGCAGCUGGAGCAGUAUGAGAAGCAGCUGAAGGUCCUCCAUGCCCUUCUGGCUGCCCCUGGGGGUCCGGAGAGAGAUACCCUGUUUAAGUCACACCAGAACGGCCCGCUCUGCAAGGUGGUCCACAACAUCGCUGCGAAGGUCAAGAGUGAAACGGCAGCCGAGCUUAGUGCAGCACACCAGGAGGAGAUAAGGAAGACGACAGAGGAGUACCAAAGCAGAACAGAAGAGACGAAGCGCCUGCACAGAGAAGAGAAGGUGGCCUUGAACGCAACGCACAAAGCCAUAGAGAACACUCUGAAGGAGAAGAUGGAGGAGUUGCUGGUAGAUCUGAAGGUGUUCCAUGAGCUCAGACAGAGAGUGGAGAAGUCUAUGCUGAAGAGGAACCUGCAGCGGAACAUAGAGACUCACGGCAGCCCCGGUGAAUUCUGGGAGCAGGAGCAGGAGAGUUUGCUGAUCGUCAUCGAGAUGAAGACUGAGCGCGUGCAGGAGCUGGGGAGCAAGCUGCUGCAGAUGGACACACUGGUUGAAAAGAAUCACUCACUGGAAGACCAGGUGGUUCACGGCCUACAACAGAAUGAAGACCUCAGAGUUCGGAUCGAGAACUACCAAUCCCUCAUCCAGCAGCUGUCUAAAGACCAGCACAGCCUGCAGGAGGCGCUGGAGAGGCAGUCCUCUGAGGCACAGAGGCUGCAGCAGGAGAAGGAGGAGCUGCUCUUCAAACUGCUGCACAGAGACUCCUGCUCCUCCACCUCCUCCUUCCACCUGCCCCCCAUCCUCUCCGAGGUGUCCCCCAGUUGAUUCCACUGCCCCUACCUCAACUGCCCCCUCGCUGCGCCUGUGUGGCACAUUACUAAUUGCCCCCCCGAUCACAACACUCCACUCCACUCCUCAACCCUCAACCAAAGUCCUGAGCCUGACCUCAAGUGGUCUACUGACGUACACACAAGAGCAAGGUGCCUCUGGGUGUAGUCUGGUUUGAUUUGGGGGGGGGGGGGG